UUCUCUCCACCCCCCACAAUGAACCACUUCACCCACACCGCCCAUCUAGAAACCCACACCCUCAGCUACGCCCUCCGCGGCCCACCGCGCCACCCUGGCACUCCCCUGGCCCUAAUCCUCACCGGCAUCACCAGCAGCGCGCUCGAAUGGAGCGCCGUCUGCCGCCACCUCGACACCACCAUCCCCAUCCUCCUAUACGAACGAUCCGGGUACGGCCGAAGCGACCCCUCCCCGAAUCCCCCCUCCUCACUCACCAUCAUCGACGAGCUGAACCAGCUCCUCACCGUGGCAUGCCUCCCCCCACCGUACCUAGUCAUCGGCCACUCGUGGGGCGGGAUCCUCGCGCGGGAAUUCCUCGCCGCGCGCCCGGCGGGGGAUAUCUGCGGGAUGGUAUUCGUGGAUGCGGUGCAGGAGAGGAUGAUGUUUGAGAGGUGGCCGGAUGAGAGUAUCGGUGCUGUGACGGAGGGGGUGGAGUAUAUGGAUGUGGUCCGGUUAGCGGGGGAUCAUGCGCUGAGUGAGGCGGAGUGGGGGGAGUUAAUGGCUGAGGAAGGGAGGGAGGGGUAUAAAAUGCAGGCGGGGCUAGAAUUGCCGUUUUUGCAGGUCAGUCGGGGGGUGCUGGGGAGGAAGGGACAGUUGGUGCCGGGGGGGAAUGUGUUGGGGGGGAGGCCGGUGAGUGUGUUGAGAGGGAAUUCGAAGAGGGAUCAUGAGUUGUUGUAUGAGGCGGGGGUGGCGAGAGGGAAUGGGACGGAGGAGCAGAGGAGGAGGUUUCGGGAGUAUUUGGAGAGGUGGGAGGAGUGUGAGGAGGAGUUUCAGAGAGAGUUGUUGAAUUUGUCGUCUGUGGGGAGGUAUUCGGUUACGAGGAGGAGUGGGCAUAAUAUUCAGAUUACGGAGCCGGAGUUGGUGGCGGAGGAGGUGAGGUGGGUGCUGAGUGCAGUUCGGAAUGUAGCGCUUGAUUAACUUGCUGAUACUAUUUAUGCUUUGAAUGGUUUAUGGGGUUUGUUAAUUAAUUAUGCCAUUGCUUAGGGUCUAUAGUCAUGGCCAAUGCGG